UGGUUCCACUUCCAGGGAGGACUUCUGCAUUGUUUUGAUUCUGAGAGCCCCAUCGCCAGCUAAUUUCUGGAUUUUUAACCAAAAAGAAUAAGUUACAGAUCAACUGGGGAAAAAGGGACCACAUCCAGCAGGACCAAAGAGGCAGCUGUCGAUAUAGCUCCUUUCCUGGAGGCUGAGGCGAUGGAAGAGCAGACAGGCUCACCUGGUAACACAGACAACAGCAGCCAGAGAAAUGAAGAGGAGAAGCCCAGGCGCAGCAGCUGGACCAAGGGCCGUAAGAGGAAGAAGCCAGUGAAGGACAGCAACGCCCCCAAGGCACCGCUGACGGGCUAUGUGCGCUUCAUGAACGACCGGCGUGAGCAGCUGAGGGCUGAGCGGCCUGACGUGCCCUUCCCAGAGAUCACCAGGAUGCUGGGCAAUGAGUGGAGCAAACUGCCGCAGGAAGACAAGCAGCGCUACCUGGACGAGGCGGAGAGGGACAAGGAGCGCUACAUGCGUGACCUGGAGAAGUACCAGAAGACGGAGGCCUACAAGCACUUCACCCGGAAGGUGCAGGAGAAACAGAAGGUCAAGAGGCACCGGGGAGAUGGCGGGCACCAGGUAGCCAACGAAUCUCUUCACGAGAAGGACACAGAGGGCAAGGAAAGGUCUGUGUUCGACAUUCCCAUCUUCACAGAGGAGUUUCUCAACCACAGCAAAGCACGGGAGGCGGAGAUGCGUCAGCUGCGCAAGACCAACAUGGAGUAUGAGGAACGCAACGCGGCACUGCAGAAGCACGUGGAGAGCAUGCGCGGCGCUGUGGAGCGCCUGGAUGGCGACGUGAGGCAGGAGAGGGGACGCAACGGGCUGCUCCAGCAGCACCUGGAGACCCUGCGCCAGGCCCUGACCAGCAGCUUCUCCUCUGUGGCCCUGCCUGUUAGUGGGGAGACCCCUACCCUGGACACCAUCGACUCCUACAUGAAAAAGCUCCAUGGUAUCAUCCUGAGUAACCCGCAGGAGCACGAUAACCUCAUCGGCACCGUGAGAGAGGUGGUCAACCGGCUGGACAGGUAAUUGGACUCAGCUGGACUAUUUGACUGUUGUGGCCACAGGGAUUGUGAGAAUCCAAACCUCUUCAUUGUCUGGUCCAGUUUAGGAUUUCCAUCGAGACGGUGAUUUUAAAACACCUUUUAUUAACUUUAGUGAAGUGAAAAUGUGUUGGGAAUAUCAUUAUAAUUUUUUUUUUUUAUCUGUUGACGCUAUCAGUGUAGUUAUAAUCAUUUUAUAGAAAAUGCCAUCCUGGAGAUGAUGUCAGUUCAAAAAUGACUUUGUUCUGUAAGAUUCCAAACUUCAUGUGUCAUUCAAGCCCCAUUCCAAUCAUAAAUAACUUCUCUGCCACUGUGUCAACGUAAUGAUGUGCAUAUAGAAGUAUUUGGUUGACAUUUGAAUUCACUUAAGCCUGUAUGUUUACUGUUCUUUUUAUUUGUCAAAUUCUUUUAAUGUCAAGAUUUGAGUCUCUUCAAAUGUUAGCUGAUUUGAGAAAUGUCACAUUGUGUUUGUGUUGCAUCACACAUAAGCAGGGGUUGUUUGUAUUCUAUAGCAAAAGCUUUUGUUAAAAAAAUUCUGUGCCAGUCCAAAUUUAUUUUGAUAGUUGUGGAAAAAGUACUCGUUUGUCUUCAAUAAAAUGCAUUUACAGAA